UUUCUUUAUCGUUAAGUUGUUUUUGACCUUGCCAAUGGAUUUGACUAUUGUGCUACUUUACCUUUAGAUCAAUGCAGUUUAAUCGCACCCUUGGCCACGUACCUACCACACUUUCUCGUCUAAUUUAUCGAUCGUAUAGGUCCAAAAUUUCAGUGGGACUUCUCUGAACUUUGUGCGGUCGCUAUUUUGGAGAAAUGAAUCCUGCGUUCCGAGCACUUAGACGCCUUUACAGUCAACAAACAGCCUUAACGAUGUCACGUGCAGGACGGUUGUACAACAAAACGAAUUUGGCUGAGUCAUCAGAUGAGUUUCCAAAAAAUGAUUUUGUGAAGAUGAUGAUGUACCAUUAUCCAUUUAGUAUCAGAGACUCAAUACCCAGGCACGACAACGAAUUUACUGAGGUAAUUAAGCGGUUUGAUGAAUUCUGCUAUUACGCGGGGCCAGAAAGGGAACUCUACGUGGGUACAAUAGUGCUGGAUUGCUACCAAGUUAUCGCGUCGGCCGAGAAUCUGACGGUCAAAAAUUUGCGAUUGGCCAGUAUUUUAGCUUGGGUUUUUGAAAAUAUAACAACAGGUUUCAUAGUGGGCGAUGAUCUCCUGGACGGUCACGUGGUACGUUGGAAUAAACCAUGUUGGCACAAAACACUGCCCCCGAACCAAACCUCAUUCUUAGACAUCAAAAAAAUCCAAACCGGCUCCAUGUUGCUGCUCCGCAAAUACUUCAGUGACCAUCCAACUUAUCCCCAACUUCUGAACCUACUUUGUGAGGUGCUGUACCACACUCAUAUGGGCCAAAUUAUAGAUUACAUUUCGGAAGUGUUUAAAAAGACGCGAGACCCCGAUUUACUCAAAAUGGGGCAUUACAAACCGUUGGUGUUUUACAAAACAGGCUUCGUGUUAUACGUCGCUGGCCCACUUGGCGCGAUGUACCAUGCCAAUUUUGACACGCAUCCAUAUUUCCGUUCAAAGCACAUUUUUGAGAAACUCCAUCUAUAGACAGGCCCAGAACGACAUGUGGGAUUGUUUCUGCGCCCCCAAGAACGCCGGGAAGCCUCCCUCCGAUGUCGUUAACGGUAGAACGACUUGGAUUUCCGGACGUUCCUCGAGCAUUACGGUCGCGACAACGUCGAAAGCCAACGCAUCGUGUUCGAGAUUUUUGACGAGUUGGACAUUGUGGGACAGUUCCGCAAGUUCAGGCGCGACUUGUUGAGGGAAUGCGACGAACACGCGUCGACGGUAGCGCAUCCGGCCGUAGCAAAAAUGAUCCACGUUCUUGUUGAGAAGUACGUCAAUGUUCACGAAGAUUACGAGCUCCAAGGCUGCUCUACAAAGCCAACCCACUAUACACUUACAAAUAUCGAUGCCCUAACCCGGAUUCGAACCAGGGACCCUUAGAACCAGAGUCCAGCUUCAACUGAACUGCACCACACGGGCCCAUUCAGCAAAGUCACACAUGCGCUCCCAUUUGCUUAAGCUUUAGCCUUAAUUCACUUACCUCGGGUUGUAGAUUGUAACGUUAUUUUCUUGCCAAUUAAUACUACCGAAUUAUAAUUCCGAAUAAAUAACUGUUUGAAUUGUGCUUUUAUUUAUAUUGUUUCGCCAUCUAGGUGUUUCUUCUGUAAUCUACUAGUUCAGAUGUAAGCUAACUCUUGUAGUAAAUUAUAGUUCUUUGUUUUGCCUUUACUGGCUAUCCUAGUGUUAGAUGUUUCUUUUACUUAAUUCUUUGUAUUAUUGCCAGAACUCACGCUUUGCACCUUUCUGCAUUAAAUUCUAUCCCUUUUUCUUAGAUUUUAUUUGUCUACGAAUAGUAUUCUUUCACCGCAUUUGUACCAUCUUACUAAAUUGGAAUCAUUGACUGAUUCUCUCCUUUUCACAAAUUACCAAGACCAAUCUGAAUUUUAACCCCUUGGUGGAAAUUGGAAGGACUAAUUGUAAUGAUCAUGCUCAUAUACCUUAUCUAUAGUUAAUCCCAAUAAACGAUUUAUUAUUAUUAUAUUUAUUUUUGGAGGGGUUUCUCGUCCUUUUGAAGGCUGUGGUCGCUCCAUUGAAUCGUUUUUACGGAUCUGUAUUAAAUUAAAUUAUUACGCAAC